CUUGGCACGAAUUUAUAAAGGCUCAACAAACUGAGCAGAAACAUAUGAACAGCCGACUGCAAGUAAAAAAGGAAGAAGCAGUGUGGGAACUUUUCACAAGUGAAUGCACUUACUUUCUGGAUCAUUUGCUGGUUCUCAAGAUGAUAUUUAUGAAGACUCUAAAAUACCUCCAGAGGAAUGAAUUUCUCUUGGACGUGGACUUAUGGAGACUUUUUGCAAACUUGGAGGAAUUAAAUAAGAUAAGCCUCAGCUUUGUGGAAAAUUUUUUUGAAACUGUGAAGGAACAUGUCACUGAGUCAGGAUCACCUACGAACUUCAUCUCCAUGCUCAGAAAGUUUUUCCAGGGUGACCUCUGCCAGACACACCAGAUUUAUUGCCUCAAUUAUACCACCGCUGUCUUCUACUUGGAAAAGCUGAGACAGAGAGAAGAUUUUGGCAUCUACCUGAAGUGGUGUGAACAGAAGGAGCAGUGCAGAAGGCUGCACCUGACGGAGCUGCUGGUGGCUCCUCUGCACCGCCUGACCCGCUAUCCCCUCCUCCUGAACAACAUCUGGAAGAGGAGCACGGACGAAACAGAGAAAGAUUCUAUCUGGUCACUUAAAGAGAAAGUGGAAAAGUCCAUACGGGAUCUGGAAGGUAAAGUCAAGUGGUUGGACAACUUUCAGAAAUUCAGGCAGCUCCAUGAGGUCAUAAUUUGGCCUGAAGUCUGGGAUCGUGACAAGAGAUUCUUUAUUCCCCAUUCUCUCACUGUCUCUCUCUUUUCGGUGUGUUUGAAACAAAGCUUGAGAGAGAACAGCGGUGAAAACGUUUUGUCUUCAGCAAGCAGACUUCUUCACGAUGGGAGGCUGACACUGGCAGAAAGCACAAGACUUCUUGAUGUCUACCUCUUUCUAUUUGAUGAUUUCCUAUUAAUCACCAAAAUUAAACGUAACAAAAAGAAAUACGGGGGCUCAGACACAGGCUUAACCCUUGUCUGUCCUUCCCUUGCUCCGGAGCUGCAGUCGGUUGUAAGAGAAGGUGGGUUUUGCCAAGUCUUGGACCAACCCAUCCCACUGGACAGAUUAAUACUGAAAAACGUUGAUCCCAUCCAUGUAACAGUUUUCAGCCUGCAAAAUGCUUUCCUAAUACAGCAUGAAAAUAGGUAUGGGCAGUGCAUAGCAGUCUUCCUGCUACAAGCACAAACAGAGUCUGCCAAGAAAACAUGGAUGUCACAGAUAGAAAGAGCAAUCUCCAAUUACAUGAAGCGACAAACCAAGAAAAGCACACUCCUCUGCUCAGCAGCUGAAUUCUCUGAAAUUUAAUAUUGCCAAUACAGCUCUGACAGAUGCAACAGACGACUACUGUGGUAAUAGCACCAUUUUUUCUUCCAGUGUGCAUUAACUUUCUGAAACUAACAGGCUUCUGACUCAACUAAAUAGAAGUGAUGAGUUUUGAUCACAGGAUGUAGGAAUAAAUUGGAGGGGGAGAAUGAGCCGCAGAACAAAUACAUCACUCUCAGAUGCCUUUUUGCUUCAGCUUGGGGAAGGCUCUUCCCAACAAGGCAAGCAUUAAUACGACCUGUCCUUUCCUAGAAAGCAGGACAAGGAAAACACCUACGUCGGUGAGGAGAACUCAUACACCAGAAGUCUAGAGCUCAUACAAACUGUAUUCACAAAUUUCACAGAUUUAAAAUUGUAGGUAACUCUCUAGCCAUAGCUCCCAUGCUUACUGCCUUUCUUCUGUAACACUGCACAUUGACACUGUGGGAGCAGAUCAGUAAAAGCAUAUACUGCCUUAAUUCUCCAUUAAUUUUUGUGAGGAGGCUGCUUAAUGCCCUGUUUCUUUGAAAAGGUCAUUCUUACAUCUAACAUCCAGGCACACUGCAGAAGCCACAGAAUACAUAAAAAGAGAGAACAAAAAUGCAGUGAUGUUCUACGUAUAACGGGAACUUUUUUUUUACCUGAAACUUUUUCACAAUGUUAUUAUUAGCAGAUUUGUCAUUAUGUAUUAUUUACUCUCAGCAAAAUCGAACUCCAAAGGCUUUUCAACUUCUCUUUAAAAAUGUGAGCUUCUCAUUAAACCAUUCAAUACAGACUGCAGUUCUGUGAUCCAUAAAGUACGCACUUGCUAAUCACUUUUUUUUAUUAUUAUUAUUUAAGAGAUACAUGAAUAGAACCACAGAACAGUUUGCAUCUGCUUGCCACAAAACAUUCACAGGUUACAACUGAGGGUGCUCUCAACAAGCUUCUCUUGGCUAAGUGCCUGAAAUUAGCCAGUUAAGAAGGCAGACUCCCUAGAGCCGCUCUAUAUGGUCUGCCACAUCUCCCACUUGCCGUGCCCAACCAGAUAAUCACCAUAAGCAGGGAAGUUAACUCUUAAAGAACACUUCUAGUUCCAAAAAUGAUUUCAGGGGGAGCUAAGUAGGGAAACUACACAGAUGAGGAGCAGACUGAAAAAUUUAGGAGAGCUCUUCCAAUUGUUUGCAUUACUCAUGGUUAAAUCAGCUCCUUAUCUCUGCUCUGACAUCGCGUGAAAGUCAUGAGCUCAGUCACUGCCCCUAAUCCAGCUCCACCCAUGUGGCGGCCUGUUUCAUCCACCUGAGCUUGUUCACAUCUAUACGUACAGAUUCCAGACCAGAGGUUGUCAGACUUACCUGGUUCACCAUUGUUCAGAUGCAGUACGUGUUCCUGCUCCUUCCCUUCAUGCUCAUGAUAGAAGUUCCUGUCACAGCUUAAUGAAAAAAGAGCAGCUAUCCAAGCUUCACACCAAAUGGUAAAUGUGGAGGACAGGAGAGCAAAACUAAGCAAACACAGCAGAUCUACUCCAGGAUGACAUCCAAGCUGCAAACACUUAGCCACAGCUUGGCUUCAACAGCUGUGCUCAAUCCCCACUGAUCCCAUAUUCAGCUGCACCCAGUCACACCCUCACAUCCCUGCUGCCUCCCCAGAACCUCACAGUAUCUUGCAACCGGUGAUAUUUCCAAAGAAAGAUUUUUAAGCCCAGAAAAGUCAUGCCUGUCAGCUAAAGCCCCAUGCUUUGCGAGCUGUCGGAGGGGGAGUUUUUGCACUUCUUGUGUACUUUUAGCCAGAAAGGCCAUUAAGACAGGUCUGUUUAGUUUACCAGGUAACUAAAACAGUGCUGGAGAUCAUUUUCUAGAGGUCAGCCCACCUCCAAAGGAGGACAUGCUGGGGGA